AUGGUGGAAACUAGAACAACGGUGGGAGAAGAUCAUAUUAAGAAGGUGGUCAACGAUGCAAUUUCUUCUGUGGAGAAACGAGUAGAAGGCAAUAUACAAUCUUUAGACAUGAAAUUAGUUGGCUUGGAAAAUGCAGUGUUGAGUCUAAGAUCCCAGAUUGAAGGUAUACAGGAAGAAGCUUUGCAUUCGAAGGCUAGAUGGGACAAGAUUGAAUCUUGGAUGCAAAUCAUAGCUAAAGAAAAGUUUGUGUUUAAAGGAGAAAGCUCUGCCACUAAGUCGGAACCACUCGCGAUUCUGGAAACGCCGAAAGUACCCCUAAAGGUUGUGAUUCAUGACGAUACACCGUGGAAUGGUAAGGAGAAAGAGGAAGACGUAGAGCCACCUGAUCUGGAAAUCUUGGAAGAGCUGGAGGAAGAGAUACUUACAGAAGGGGUAAGAAGACUGCACUUGAACGCCAUUGAUGGGAAAUCCAAGAGGAAUACUAUCAUCAUCAGGGGUAAGAUCAAAGAUAUGUGGGUAAACAUACUUAUUGACACUGGAAGUACUUCUAGUUUUAUUGAUCCUGGUGUAGUUAAAGCAUUAUCUUUGCAUUAUCAGUCAAUUGAGCCUUUUUGCAUUAAAAUGGUGAAUGGAAACAUAGCUGUAGGAUCAUACUUGUGUCCUGAUUUAUGUUGGGAUGUACAGCAAUACGAAUUUGCUUUUGACUUUAAGGUUAUGAAUCUUAGUGGAUUGCAUGUAAUCUUGGGUGUUAACUAG